AUAUUGGAUAAUAGUGUUGUCGUUUUGAUUCAAGGUCGUUUUUCGAGUUACAUACGAUUUAGAUGAGUGGUCUUAGUGGUGAUUUCAAACCUGAUGAUGUACACUCUCCUAAUGACUGGGAGCAUGUUAACCUGGGAUCUGAAGAGAGGAAUAAAAAGUUUCUGAGAUUGAUGGGUGGGAAGCCCGACCGUACACACAAGGGGAAAAUUGUAAUAGGGGAAGAUGUAGAAAGUGUCCACAAAGGUAGCAAGGAUCCAUCUGUAAUAAAUUUGGAGCUGGAGAGUCAAUUCCGUAAAAGUCUGGAGAAAUCUACUACUUUCAACCGCCACGCUGGUCUAGGCUGCCAACAAGGCUCACCGUCUCAUCCAGUUCAUGAUUUAGAUCUUACUAACACGGAGAAGCUGAAACAGCAGUAUACAUCGUCAUUUGUUCCAAAAGGGGAUCAAUAGCAGCCUAACCUACAAUUUUUAUCAUUAUCAUUAUUAUUACGUGAAUCAACAGCAUUUCUUGCCAUCUCCUCAGGGAUGUUAAUCUGUUUUUGUAAACGUAAUAAUUUUCUUACAAGUGGGUUGACUGACUAACGUAAGAGAACCAACCUUUUAAAAAUAAAUGGAUAAAUAAAUAAAUUUAUUUAUUUUACCCAGCGAAUUUGUUAAUAUUUUCAUACCUUUAAAGUUUAUCCGUCAAAAACUGGAGAUUUCUUUCCUUUUUUCUGAUGAGAAAUAUUCUUAUACUACUUUUUAUAGUUCAUGUCGUAAAAGGAAGACGAUCUGCUUUUGAAGCGUUUUAACCAUUUUGUAUCAUAUUUUUGAGUUAUUUGUAAUUUUCUUUUGUUUUGUAAGAGUUUCCCCAUUGUUGUUUGUAUUGUUAGAAUUGAGUGAUUGUUUGUUUCUAUGUAAAGAAUUAUGGAAAGUAUGGAAAACAAAAAUUCAACGAUGAAAAUAUGUGCAAAAUGAGUUAAAGUCUUUCAGUUAAUUAAAAGUGUUCUUUUUUUUAAAUUAAAGAAAUGUUUAUCUUA